AUUUUUGCUAUCUUUUUGAGAAUCAUGCAAAACCAGAGUUUUGUCACUGAGUUCAUAAUCUUGGGUCUUUCUCAGAACCCAAAAGUUGAGAAAAUACUGUUUGUUUUUUUCUUGUUGGUUUACCUUGCAACUGUAGGGGGCAACAUGAUCAUUGUGGUGACCAUCCUCUACAGCCCUGCACUGCUAGGAUCCCCCAUGUACUUCUUUUUGGCAUUCCUGUCCUUCCUGGAUGCAUGUGUUUCUUCUACUGUCACACCCAAGAUGCUUAUAGACUUCUUAAGUGAGAAGAAGAUCAUCUCUUUUGAAUGUUGCAUGACACAAUUGUUUUCAGUUCAUUUCUUCUCAGGGGCAGAAAUGGUUGUGCUAGCAGCCAUGGCCUAUGACCGUUACGUGGCCAUUUGCAAGCCCUUGCAUUACUCUUCCAUCCUUACCCGGAGGCUCUGUAGUAUUUUGGUGGCAAUAUGCUGGGCAGGAGGCUUCUUGCAUUCUAUUGUACAAAUUAUCUUCAUAUUGCAGCUGCCUUUAUGUGGACCCAAUGUCAUUGAUCAUUACAUGUGUGACUUGUUUCCAUUGCUGAAGCUUGCCUGCACUGACACUCAUAUAUUUGUCCUUUUGGUGUUUGCCAGCAGUGGGGCUAUCUGCAUCAUCAUCUUCUCCUUAUUGCUUGUCUCCUAUGUUGUCAUCUUGUUCUCUCUGAGAGGCCACAGUUCUGAAGGUCGCCGUAAAGCUCUUUCCACUUGUGGAGCCCACGUUACUGUUGUGGUUUUGUUCCUUGUUCCGUGCAUAUUAAUAUAUGCACGGGAUACAUCUGCAUUCUCCUUUGAGAAGAACACACUUAUAUUUGUCAACGUCCUGACACCAUUGCUCAAUCCUAUGGUUUACACAUUCAGGAAUAAGGAAAUGAUAAAUGCCAUGAGAAAAAUGUGGAAGAGAUUGAAAGUGAUUUUUUUUUUAGGUUUUAAUAUUGCUUUUACACUGGUGGGGAGAUGA